UUGCAAUUGUCCAGUACAAUAUGCUAAAAUUAGCCGCAAUUGUUAAAUGUCAUAGCAAAAAUAUUAUUGUGUAUAGCAUUCUGCGUUACAAUAUUGUAUUAAAAUUUGACAUUGCUAAAAUGAUCCUCUCGUUAUGUAGGUUUAACAGUACAUCAUUUUGUCUCCUUUGCAACCAUAACCAGUUCCUUUUCAUUCUGUAUCUACUCCUCUAUAACUAAUUUGUCAUGCAAGACAAUCUCCUUAUUUGUUUGUAAAUCUUGACAUUCCGGAAUGGAGUCUUGAACCAUUGAGUAGAACAGUUUUACAGAAAUGAUUGAAUUGAAAGUGAUUCAAAAAUGAAAUUUAAAUAUAAAUCAUCCGCCAAACAGGUUACAUUGAGAACUCUGCUAAGGUUUACAGCCAAAAACAAGCAAAAAAAAAACGAAAAGGUAAAUACAAACAGCCGGUGGUAUGGAUGAUCUUUUCAAUUUAAGACUGAAACAGGUCUGGGUGUACUCACACGGUCACACCAAUAAAGCAUACAAUUUAGUGUCCUAAAUGUAAUCUGAAAAGCAGUAGCGGCCGAGUAAGAAACAGCUAUUAGCUUCCAAAUGGCUUCAGAUCCAUCAGAAUUCAUCACCCCCUACAAGCUCAAACAAACCCUAACAGCCCACAAACGCGCCGUUUCAGCCGUCAAGUUCUCCUCCGACGGCCUCCUCUUGGGUUCUUCCUCCGCCGAUAAAACCCUUCGCACCUGGUCCACCUCUGGCGACUUCUCUACUCUCCAAGAAUUCCAUGGCCACGACCAGGGCAUUUCGGACCUCGCCUUCUCUUCGGACUCCCGCCACGUCUGCUCAGCCUCCGACGACAAGACCGUCCGCCUCUGGGACGUCGAAACUGGCUCUCUCAUCAAAACACUACAGGGCCACACCAACCACGUUUUCUGCGUUAACUUCAACCCCCAGUCCAACAUGAUCGUCUCAGGUUCCUUCGAUGAGACCGUUAGGGUUUGGGAUGUCAAGACUGGCAAGUGCUUGAAGGUGCUUCCCGCACAUUCUGAUCCCGUCACUGCCGCCAAUUUCAAUCGUGAUGGCUCCCUCAUCGUUUCCAGUAGCUAUGAUGGUUUGUGCAGGAUUUGGGACGCUUCCACUGGUCAUUGUAUGAAGACUUUGAUCGAUGAUGAGAAUCCUCCCGUUUCUUUCGUCAAGUUCUCCCCCAAUGGCAAGUUUAUUCUUGUGGGCACUCUCGAUAACACUCUGCGGCUUUGGAACUUCUCAACAGGGAAGUUUCUGAAGACAUACACUGGCCAUGUCAAUUCAAAGUAUUGCAUUUCAUCAACAUUUUCGGUAACAAAUGGGAAGUAUAUUGUUGGUGGUUCCGAGGAUAACUGUGUGUACUUGUGGGAACUUCAGACGAGGAAAAUAGUGCAGAAAUUGGAAGGUCACACAGACACUGUUAUAUCGGUUUCAUGUCACCCCUCCCAAAAUAUGAUUGCAUCUGGUGCACUCGGCAGCGACAAGACAGUGAAGAUUUGGACUCAGGAGAGAGAUUGAUUAGACAUGUUAACUGGCAUCUGAAGAUUGUAAUAGAAUGGUGUCUGGUGAGCUUGGCAAUGACUAGCUAAGGUGUUAACUGCGAAGACUGACUUGGUAAAAAGGGAUUUACAUCUUUAAAGAGCCAGGCUAUCACUGCAUGAGAAUUUUACCAUUUAGAUUGUUAGGAAGGCAAGAGAAUGUUACCAUUUAGAUUGUUAGGAGUUUCUCCCUCUCUCUCUCUCUUUCUCUCUCUCUUAAUGUCUUCAGGAACAUUGCUUCAUGAUGGUUAAUAUGAACUCUGCCCGGAUGACUACUAAGCAGUUUUCUA